AUGCCAACGCCUAUUCCAGAUAAUAAGUUUGAGCAAGUCAUUGCUGAACGUUAUCUGUUUGCGCCGUUUGCAAAUGAAUCGACUGCUUGGCCUGUUCUCAAAAAUAUCCAAAAUGCAUGGCAGGCUGCUCCACUACCGGGUUAUCAUUCUCAAGCUGCCGAAGGCGUUUGGUUACUGGCUCAAUCUAUUGAUAAAGUGCAAGAGAUGGAUUCAGGAACUUUGACACUGCAAAUGUAUUGGAUGUCUCUGUUUGCCAAUGGCACUUUGAUAGUUUUAUCUGAGAUUGACGUAAAGAGCAAUAGCAGUCUUUUGGUCGUAUCAAAUAAUGAAGACACUGCUUUAGAAUACACAGCCGCACUCAUCUCACCUGAUAGUGUGAAAUUAAUUCUGUGUAACCGAUCAGAUGCUAGUUCGUGCAGAGUUAUAAAAAUCAUAGUUUUUCCUUCGGCCCUUCUGAAUACCACCAAAAUCGCAGGCGGUUUAUUUGUGGAGGAUUUGGGAGAUAGAGGAUGGUUGUAUUUUGCUGCUGAUUCGGGAUUGCACGGACUGGACUUAUCGACAUUUAUGAUUAAUCCAUUUCUCAAUGAAAUCAAUAUGCCUGUUUCCUCUUUGGCAUGGAGUUCCAAGCGGCAGACAAUAUUUGCUGGUACUGAGACCAAACUUUGGAUUCACUCUUACAGUGUUGGUAAUGAAGGCUGGCGUUUUGAACAUAUCAAGGGACUCAUUGAUGCACCAAUUACUUCUCUGAUAUAUAAUGAUGUGCAAGACAAAUUGUGGAUUGGUCAAAAUACCGGAAUAACUCUUCUGUCACCAAUUAUCAUGUCGACAGAACAUCUCCAUUGGUUCUUUUCUCGAUUGGCAGGACAAAUCUCUAACCCUGGAUCAGAUAUUGGUCAUCUUCCAUUUGCAAACAUUACCACUCUGAGUAUUAGCCAGUCGACGUUACCUGACGGUCGUGUAUGGCUGGGUGCUGUACGUGGGGUGAUGCGUUUCGAUUCGAACAGUAGUGACAUCAAUGCUUGGCGUGUAUUCAAUAGUGCCAGAUAUAUGCCGAAUCGUGAAUCGUUGGUUAAUGUAUCCUCGUUGGCUGUCCUGAGCCGUCGCAGUGAUGCACCUCCUAAUCUGGGCAGUGCUGUAUUAGCAAUCACAAACAAAGGUCUCGCUGUUCUUCGUUUUGAGAUGUGGACAUUGGCACAGAAAGCAGAUCAUUUUCAAGUGAUGGUCGAUCAACCAGGAAGACAUGAUAAAAACGGGCUCGUCUCUGACUGCACUAUGUCAUCAUGGGGCGAUAGUCGUACUUGCAUCAAAGAACCAGACGAUAAUGAUGGGCAAUGGACUUCUAUGUAUCUGGCUAGCCAGAUCUUUCGGUAUGUUGUGACGCAAGACUCAAGAAUCAAAGCACAGGCUUGGAAACACUUUGAAGCAAUGGAACUUCUCAGUAUUCCUGGUUAUCCUGCUCGUUCAUUCGCAAAACGUAGCGACUUUCUCUCUAAGAUUCCAUGGUAUCCUUCUCCCGUUUAUCCAGAUCUUCAGUUUCAGGGUGAUACAUCGUCUGAUGAAAUUUGUGGCCAUGAGUUCGUAUAUCCUCUCGUGCAUGACUUACUGGCUAGCAACGAUGACGAACGAAAAAGAGCCUACGUACUCAUUUUCAAUAUCACAAAUCAUAUCCUGACUCAUGAUUGGUAUUUAUUUGGUGAGAAUCACAAUCGCACUACAUGGGAUUAUUGGAAUCCUGUCCAAAUAAACAAUGAUAGUCGCUACCAAGAAGAUCGAGGUAUAAACAGUCUUCAGAUACUGGCUUACCUACUUCAAACAUAUGGUUACAGUGGUGAUGAGCGUUUUCUCGAUGGUGCCAAUCUUCUUAUUGGAUCCUAUCAAUAUAAUGUCAAUCUUAUUAAUCAGAAGAUGAUUGCUGUUUGUGCUAGUGAUUUUGAAUAUGCUCUACCGGUUUUUGAUUAUGAUCAAAUGGCCUAUUUGUCUUAUUUUAACCUAGCCCAUGCAUUCCACACCAUUGCUUCUUCAGUUAGUUUAUCUACGGUUCAAAAGGCACACGCGCAGUCACUAAUUGACAAUUUAUGGGAAUACAUGGACAUAGGAUUAGAUCUUUCAUUCAGUUACAAAAAAAUGGAAAAAACGCCAUUCUUUAAUUUCAUCUAUUGCUAUGCCAGUGGUCAAGUCAAUCAAACUCAAAAUACAUCUAACAAACGUCAUGGACUGACUAUGAGAGCUUUUCGGCAUGAUUGCAAUUCUUUAUCAAAUGAUGGUGUAUGGCAUAUGCAGCGUUGGCCAUUGGAAUUGAUUCAUUGGGCACAAUUCAACAGUGAUCGCUUGGACGUACAAAUCAACGUACCUGCUCAAUGCUAUCCGCCGAUCAAGUCAUUGCAAAUGUUACCUCCAGACGAACGAUCUACUAAAAACGUGGACCAAGGAGUCUACGACUUGGAUGAUGGAGAUGGACUUAUUGAAACUGAUCCAACUAACUUCCUGUUGGGUUAUUGGGGAAUGCGUUAUUUCAAUUUGUUACAAUAG